CUCGUUAACGCUCUUGACGCGCGCACGCAGACUCACACGCCCGCGCACGCACAGAAGGCGGAAAUGCGGCGGAUGUCGGUGAUGUUCGCGCAGAGCUGCAGGAUUAUUACAGACUCUGUCCGUGGGGCUCUGCUGGCCUCGUGAUGAUAGGGAAGUACUUCUUCAGCGAGACGGACAUCAAGAGCCCGUGGGAUCAGGUGUUGGCGGCCUUCUGGCUGAGAUACCCGAACCCAUUCAGCACUCAUGUUCUGACGGAGGACGUAGUUUUCCGAGAGGUGACGCCGGAUAACCUGCUCCUGUCCCGGCGGCUCCUGACGAAGACCAAUCGUCUCCCUCGCUGGGCGGAGCGCGUCUUCCCUGGAAAUCUGUCGCGUUCGGUUUAUAUCAUCGAGGAUUCGGUGGUCGACCUCAGAAACAGAAGCCUCACGACGCUGACCUGGAACGUAAAUCACACUAAACUAAUGCAUGUGGUGGAGCGCUGUGUGUUUGCGGGCGAACAGGACCGGCCUGUUUGGACACGGAUCACCAGAGAAGCCUGGAUCUCAUCAGGAGUCUUUGGCCUCUCCAGACCCAUUCAGGAGUUCGGUUGGGCCAGGUUCAGGAGUAAUCAGGUGAAAGCCAUGAAGGGUUUGGAGCAUGCACUGUCUAAUCUGCAGAAAGUGUGUCCUGGAGAUUCUGCCGAGAAACACAAAAACAUUGAUUCAGCCUCCAAAACCCAGAAACCUCAGCAAUACAUAUGACCAGUUUGAACAAAGAGUGAAUGUCAGGAUCAUACCAGGUCAC